AUGGACGACCUCGUCAUAAGUACAGAUUCUGAAAAAGAAGGAAGCAGUAUGUGUUCCGAAGCUGUGGACAUAUUAAAAAGAGCUUCAUUGAAUCUACACAAAUGGAACUCAAGCAGUCAAGUGAUUCGAUAUGUGAUGAAUGUCAGCAAUGCUCCAUCUGUGCAAAAGGUGUUGGGUGUCUCUUGGUACACAUACAGUGAUGAACUCUCUAUUCCGAUGGAAUCUGUGCUGAGUAUCCUUAGUUUGGAUUCAACAAAGGGAACCAAACGCAAUGUGCUACAAGCUAUUGCGAGGAUAUUCGAUCCAAUAGGUAUUCUUGGUCCAACAAUUGUUAAAUUAAAGAUUCUUUUCCAGAAACUGUGGAAACAAAAGCUUCUGUGGGAUGAAGUUCUGUCCGGAGCCCUACUUACUGAAUGGAACGAUUGCGUGAAGGCAGUUCUUGAACUUAAAGGAAUGACCUUUCCGAGAGCAGCAAUUUCUGUUCCAUUAAGUGAAGGAACUUUCCAAAUCCACAUAUUUGCAGAUGCCAGUACCAAGGCAUAUGGUUCAGUGGCAUUUUUAAAAUGUACUUCCUUCAGCGGAAAAAUCACAACCUCGUUUCUGUGUGCCAAAAACCGUGUUGCUCCUUUAAAGAUGGAUGGUUCUAGUGAGUUGACACUCCCCAAGUUGGAGCUAACAGCCGCCCUUAUAGCGGCACGUCUUCAUGCGUACCUACAGAGAUGUCUUAAGCUUGCUUCCGCCAAAUACUUUCUUUGGACGGAUUCUAAUAUCGCCCUGAACUGGAAUCAAGGAGAUGUACAGCGCUGGCAGCCCUACGUCCAAAACCGGGUUGAUGAAAUUCGACGGCUUACAACAGUUUCGCAGUGGAAUCACUGUAGGGGAAAAGAUAAUCCAGCUGAUCUCCUCACUCGAGGUGUAAGUGGUAAAAUUUUGCAAAUGUCGGAGUUGUGGGCUAAAGGUCCCAUCUGGCUUGAAGACAGCGACAAUACACAGCUUGAUGACAACGACGAUACACAAAUCGAAGUUCCUGAUGUCACUGCUAUCCUGUUGACAGAAUCGCUUCCAUCGACAGGUUUCACCGAAGAUCCACUUCUUUGCUAUGACAACUAUAGUACCUGGAAUCGUCUCAUCAGAGUGACGGAUUUUGUCCUCCGCUCAAUAAGAGCUUUUAAAAGAAGGCAAAAACCCGAAAAGGUGUUGCAGUUUGCUGAUGUACCACCUUUAUGUGCUACUGAAAUCCACCAAGCUGAAAACCAUUGGUUGAGGUAUGUACAAGGUCAACAUUUUUCUAAUGAAAUAAUUCUCUUGCAGAAGAAAAAGGCCUUAACCACGUCUUCAAAGAUCUAUGAGCUGUCACCAUUCUUAGACGACCACGAUUUACUGAGGUUAGGAGGGCGUCUGCAAACACUAAACGAACCAAUGGAUAUAAAGCAUCCAAUUAUACUUCCAUCGCACUCUCCACUCCUCGAUCUUUUAAUCGAUGACUACCACGAACGGACUAUGCAUGCAGGAGUCAAUACGGUCCUAACGAAACUUCGAAAGCGAUUCUGGAUAGUAAGAGGACGCCAAAUCUCCAAAAAACGAAUUAAGAAGUGUCUAGUAUGCAGAAAGCUUUGGGGCCAACCAGCAUCACAGACUUUUGCCCCGUUGCCAAUCGAGAGGAUAUCCCUAUCACGGCCAUUCGACAAUGUGGGUGUCGAUUUUGCAGGCCCACUCUACUGCUAUGAUGAUGAUUCAAAUCCAACCAAAGUUUACAUAGCAAUCUUCACAUGUUCUGCUGUACGUGCGGUGCACCUUGAAGUGACGAGAGGUUUAUCUACAGAAAACUUUUUGAUGGCUCUGCGGCGUUUCAUCGGCAGACGUGGAAUACCUUCGAUGAUACUUUCGGACAAUGCUCGUACCUUCCGAAGAGCUGCACUAGAACUGCGUAGCCCCGACUGUUUUUGGGAUGAGGAAGUCAUUCAAGGGUUUCUUUCAAGAAGGAAGAUACGCUGGCGAUUCAUAGUGGAACGUGCCCCUUGGUGGGGUGGCUUCUGGGAGAGGCUCAUCCGGACUAUGAAGAACCUAAUGAAAGUCACUAUUGGUAAGGCAAAACUUAAUUUUGAACAGCUUCGAACAAUUGUUACAGAAACUGAAGAAAUCGUCAACAACCGACCCCUGACGUAUAUAAGCACUGACCCAUUGGAUCUCUCUCCACUAACGCCAGCUGACUUUCUGAUUGAAUCCCGAGUGUGCAAUUCAGAACCACCAGAAAGAGAGCCUAAUGCGGACUUACUACGAAGUACCUGGAAGCAUCGCAUGCGAUAUACGCAGAAGUUGAGAAAAAGAUGGCAAUCGGAGUAUCUCCAACUUUUACGCUCUUACCACAACUCGCCUAAGAAGGGGUCUGGAUACAACCUAAAAGAAGGAGACGUUGUUCUUGUCUUCGACCAAGCAUCUCCACGAAUCAACUGGAAGAUGGCCAUCAUAGAACAAGCAUUCCAAGGAAGAGACUCGAAGUCUUGA